AUGGCGAUCGGCAUCUUGCCAGCUGUGGCUUGCCCGUCUACCGCUACCGCGCCUUCAGAUACAGUCGCAGAGAGCCUUGGCUUCGCUCAGACGUCAUUCGUGCCUUGCUGGCGCGUGCGGUGCCAUGCUUUCCUGCGGUUCUCUACGUUUAUCGUUUUUGUCGGUGCGAUUGCCGUGGUGGCGGUGGGUGCAGCCGAGCCGAGUGUCGUCGUUGACGGCACCGCGCUCGUCUUUCGACUGCCUCGCUUCCUCUACGGGCGCGGGGACGCUGGUUUGGGGCGCCUCUCUGGCACUAUCUUUGAUGCCAGUGCGGUUCCCCAGACUUGGACAGAUGCCAAGUGGCAGUCCAUCCUCGCCUACCUCCGCAAUGGAGGCAGCGCGUGGAAGCAACGACGCGAGGCCGUGGCCACAGUAUGGACUGCUGUGGUCAGCGGGAUGGUCGCCGUGGUUUGCCUUGCGGAUCUAUAUGAAAUAUGCUCUGGAUCCGCGCUCUGCUCGGUGCAGGGUGGUGAACCGCGAGCGUACUACUCGUAG